GAGCCCUUUCUCUCUCUUUAAUUCACGCGCUCUCACUCCACUUCGAUUUAAUGUUCGACACGUGUUCUUCCAGUAACUUUAUAAAUAGUCCUGUCCCUAACCUCCCGCAUCCCCACCCAACCCGAAGGCCGUUUUCCUCGAACGGACCGGAAUCGCAACCCUGUGUUUCGUUUCAUUACUCUUAUAUUCUCAUCUCGGCUGCCCGUUACCCGCCACCGCCACUGCCGUCAACACCCAAAAUGGAGGCCCACCGGCGAUCUUCGACUAAAUCUGUUCAAUCUCUUAAGCCUACAAAAACAAUUCCUUUAGAGGAAGAUUCCACAAAAGCCUCCGACGCAUUGCCCCUUCCCUUGUAUCUAACGAAUGCGGUGUUCUUCACGCUCUUCUUCUCCGUGGUUUAUUUUCUUCUUGCCCGUUGGCGUGAAAAGAUCCGAACCUCCACGCCUCUCCAUGUAGUCACCUUUUCCGAGAUCGUCGCGAUUCUCGCUUUAGUCGCCUCGUUUAUUUAUCUUUUAGGAUUCUUCGGGAUUGACUUUGUUCAGUCUUUGAUUCUCCGACCAUCGACUGACGUGUGGAAUUCCGAGGAUUAUGAAGAGGAAAAUGAAGUUUUGCUUCGUAAAGAAGGUGCCCGCAAAGUCCCUUGCGGCCAAGCUUUGGAUUGCUCGCUUGCGCCUCCUUCCGCACCUAUUGUAACCGCCCAGAAAGUGUUCGGUGAAAAGCCUGUGACAGUUACAACUGAGGAAGAUGAAGAAAUAAUUAAAUCCGUAGUGGCUGGAAGAACCCCUUCAUAUUCUUUGGAAUCUAAAUUAUGUGAUUGCAAGAGAGCGGCUGCGAUCAGGCGUGAGGCUUUGCAGAGAUUAACGGGGAAGUCAUUAUCAGGAUUGCCUUUGGAUGGAUUUGAUUACGAGUCGAUUUUAGGGCAGUGUUGUGAGAUGCCGAUUGGGUACGUGCAGAUUCCUGUGGGAAUUGCCGGGCCUUUGUUGCUUAAUGGAAGAGAGUACUCGGUUCCUAUGGCAACCACGGAGGGGUGCUUGGUGGCUAGCACUAAUAGGGGCUGUAAGGCUAUUCAUUUGUCUGGUGGAGCUACCAGUGUUUUAUUGAGAGAUGGGAUGACUAGAGCUCCCGUUGUAAGGUUCGGUACUGUGAAAAGGGCGGCUGAUCUGAAAUUGUAUUUGGAGGAUCCUGAAAAUUUCGAGACCAUGGCUGUCGUUUUUAACAGAUCAAGCAGAUUUGCUAGGCUUCAGGGUAUCAAAUGUGCAAUUGCUGGGAAGAAUUUGUAUUUGCGAUUCUCUUGCAGUACUGGUGAUGCUAUGGGAAUGAACAUGGUUUCCAAGGGAGUUCAAAACGUUUUGGAUUUCCUUCGAACUGAUUUCCCCGACAUGGACGUCAUUGGAAUCUCUGGAAACUUCUGUUCCGACAAAAAGCCAGCUGCAGUAAAUUGGAUUGAAGGGCGAGGCAAAUCUGUUGUCUGUGAGGCUAUCAUUAAGGGUGAUGUGGUGAGCAAGGUCUUGAAGACGAGAGUUGAAUCUCUCGUGGAGCUUAACAUGCUUAAGAACCUUGCUGGUUCUGCUAUGGCUGGUGCUCUAGGUGGAUUUAAUGCUCAUGCCAGUAAUAUUGUGACUGCAGUCUACAUAGCUACUGGCCAAGAUCCGGCUCAAAAUGUUGAGAGCUCUCAUUGCAUCACAAUGAUGGAAGCUGUUAAUGAUGGCAAGGACCUUCACGUCUCUGUCACAAUGCCUUCCAUCGAGGUUGGCACUGUUGGUGGUGGAACUCAGCUUGCAUCUCAGUCGGCCUGUUUGAACCUGCUUGGUGUCAAGGGUGCAAGUAAAGAGUUGCCUGGAGCAAACUCUAGAAUGCUUGCAAGCAUUGUAUCUGGUGCCGUCCUUGCUGGGGAGCUGUCACUUAUGUCUGCACUUGCAGCUGGGCAACUAGUUAAGAGCCAUAUGAAGUACAAUAGGUCUAGCAAGGAUGUUUCCAGGGCUUCUUCCUAGAGAACAUGAACAGACAUUGAUGAGGCUUUGUCAAGCCUGAAAAUGGUGUAAAGUUGCGAGUCCCAUGGGAUAAAUGUAUCGAAGCUGAGGAGACAUCAUCUCUUAGUAAUAAGCUAAGGAGACAUCAUCUCUUUGUAACUUUCUUUAUUUGUUUUGUGUUUGUUCCUUUCUUUGUUAUUAAUUUUGUUAUGUUCAGAAAAACAAAAACCAAGCCAUGUAAUCUGAGAAUUGUGUAAAAUGACAGAUUUGUUAAUUGACAUCUUUUGUUCUCUU